AUGUCGUACACCGUCAAGGAGAGCUAUCCCAUCUGGCUGGCGGGCAAGGAAGUGCAGGGACAGGCGGAGCGCAUCCCCAUCGAGGACCCGGCGACAGGCGAGAUCAUCGCCCACUGCGACGCCGCCUCGCCCGAGCAGGUCGCAGAGGCCAUCACGGAGGCGCAGAGAGUGUUCGACGCUGGCACAUGGAGUCGGAAGGCGCCGGCGGACAGGGCGGCUGUCCUCUCGGAGAUCUCGAGGCAGUUCCAGGCAAAGGUGAAGGACCUGGCGGUGCUGGAGAGCAAGCAGACAGGGCGACCCUAUCGCGAGAUGUCGACCCAGCUCGGCCGUUUGCACGAGUGGUUCGACUACGCCGCCGCACUCGCACGAACGGAAGAAGGCUCGACGCAACCUGUUCGAGGGAACCUCCUCAACUACGUUCGGCGCGAACCGCUCGGCGUCUGCGCGCUCGUCUCGUCGUUCAACCACCCGCUGCUCAUCUCGAUCAAGAAGCUUGCGUUCGCACUUGCGGCUGGCAACUCGGUCAUCCUCAAGCCCUCGGAACUCGCGCCGCUCAGCACGCUUGAGCUCGCCAAAAUCGCCCAGUCCGCCGGUCUCCCCGACGGCGUCCUCUCCGUUCUGCCCGGCUACGGCCUCACAACCGGCAAAGCGCUCGUCUCGGAUCCGCGCAUCAAGAAGGUCGACUUGACAGGCGGGACGACAGGCGGGCGGGCUAUCGGCGAGAUUGUCGGACGGAACUUGACGAGCUAUACGGCUGAGCUGGGCGGGAAGGCGCCGAUCGUCGUCUUCGCCAACACGGAUCUUGAGAUCGCGGUGAACGGCGUCGCCUUCGCUUCGUUUAUCGCCUCGGGCCAGACUUGCGUCGCAGGCACCCGCAUCAUCGUCCAGCAACCCAUCUUUGACUCGUUCCUCUCGCUCCUCUCCGCCAAAUGCGCAAGCAUCACCUCCCGCAUCGGCUCGCCUUUCAACAAGUCGUCGAUGAUGGGUCCAAUCAUCUCGGCGAAACAACUCGGGAUCGUGGAGGAGUUGGUAGAGUCGGCGAAGGAGGAGGGCGCGAGGAUCGUCUGCGGAGGAAAGAGGAUGAAGGGGAAGAGCGGGCUGGAUGGACAUGACCUGUCCGCGGGCUACUUCUACCCUGCCACGCUGAUCACCGGAACUUCGACUGUCGACGCGGCCAAGCUGCGGAUAUGGCGCGAAGAAGCUUUCGGUCCGGUACUCGUCAUUGUCCCGUUCGAAACGGAGGGAGAGGCAAUCAAGCUGGCGAACGAUUCAGAGUAUGGGCUGGGCAGCGCCAUCUGGACUCGCGACGGCGCACAGGCGAUCCGCGUCUCGAACGCUCUCGAGCAUGGCCUCGUCUGGGUCAACACGCACCACCGCAACGACCCCUCGUCUCCCUGGGGCGGCUACAAGAACUCUGGCGUCGGCCGCGAGAACGGCCACGAGGCGUAUCGUUCGUACACGCAGAGCAAGAGCGUCAUCGUCAAUUUUGCGACAGAAGAGGAGAAUAGGACUAUGGAUGACUGGUUCCGCGAGGAGGAUCGCGAGGUUCGGUACGGCUGA